AUGUUCAAUGACGAUGGUCUAUGGGAUGAUCGUAGACCUGAGCGUGUAAAUCAUAAAAAUAAAGCUAAGGAAACAAACAGAUCGUUGAAAAUACUUGCCGAUGAAGCACGAGUGAAUAGCUUUCAAUUCUCUCAACUUACGAAUGGCAUGCUACGCGGUGCAUCCGUGUCAACAAAUUCUGAGCCAUUAUCAAUUCAACCAAAAGUACCAAUAGCUAAACGAGUAAAACCGAUUCGGCCGUCGAAUAACUCACAGCCAUCAGGAUUACGUACUUAUAACGACAUUGUUAAUUCAAAUGCAUACACUCAAUCUGAUUAUCGUCCGAGGCCAACGAAAGUUCGCACUGAUCACGAGAAAGAUCGUUUGGCAAAUCUCAUGGCAUAUGGUAUUGAUCCGUCAAAAAUGCCCUGUAAAUCCAGCGAUUGCUCGCCGAGUGCAAAUCGCGAAAUAGAUCGAUUCGAUGAAUUGGUACUUGAAAUUGAAGAGAGAAAAGAAUUUCUUGAACACAUGACGCUACUUGGUAAACGAAGAGAAUAUCAAGAGGUUAUUUCAAAUGAAAUUGCUGAUAAAAUACGCGAAAUGGAACAGAUCGAUCGUCAACGCUCGAAAGCAUUAGAACAACGUUUGAAAAAACAAUCAAACUGA